AUGUCCUUGUUCGGAACGUCGCCAGACGACUCCUCGGCGGCUGAUUCAGCUCAGAGAUCCAAGACUUCCCUCUUCGCCGACGAGCCUUCAUUGGGUGCUGGCAGUGCCAACUUCGGCGGCUCCUCCCUCUUCGCUGAUGACGACAGUCUAGGUUCGCCGUGGAAUAGCAAUACUGGCAAGCGGACAUCCAAGCAGCAGCUCGUCAAGACUCUGCUUCCUGAUUCAGAUGCCCCCGAAAGCUACAUUGAUGCGUAUGACCUUGUAUUGAGUGCGGGGGAAAGAGCGGGCUCCGGUGCUGGCUUAACGUCCGUUCGAGAACUGUUAUCUGGUAGCGGAAUCUCGGCUACGGACCAGGCCAAAAUACUGAAUCUUGUUCUAUCGGGGGAUACGGAUAGAUCGAACGGGCUGGGUCGCGGCGAAUUUAAUGUUCUGCUGGCCCUGAUAGGGCUCGCGCAGGAAGGCGAAGACCUCACUUUCGACGCAGUGGACGAUCGUCGUAAGAAGCUACCCACGCCGACAAGCUCAUACUUGGACGACUUGCGCACAAAGCAAGAGUCCACCAUGUCUGCCCCUUCGAACGAACGCCCUACUACUCCUCCUCCUGCCCCCUCCGCACCAUUCCAAGAACCAGCCUCCGCCCAAUCACGCCGAUCCAAAAGAGAUUCUAUUGGCGGCCUCGAAGCAGAUCCAUGGGGAAGCCCCCAGCUACACCGUGGCCAUGCUCAUGCCCAAACGGAACAUGAGCACAGCACGUUGAACGGUUACGGAAGCGUCCGCUCGGCAACGAAUGCUUGGUCGAAGGCCAGUGAUGGGGCCAAUCCCAAUGAGCACUCCAAUACGAACCGCACCAACGGUCGAUCCGAGGUUCACACUUCUAAUAGUGCCGAGUUUGGAUGGGGGGAUCACUUUGCGCAUUCAUCAGAUGGCGGUGGACUUGGGGGUCCAUCACGGUCUGGACUGGGAGAUUUCGGACGGUCUGGAAGUGAUCACGGCGAAUCGAAUCCCGGUCGACGCUCGUUGAACAUUGGCCAGGUUACAUCACCUCAACUCAAAGAGGCGGUGACAGUGACACUACUCCAGGAGAAGGAAGGGAUGUUCAUGUUUCAGCAUCGUAAUUACGAGGUUAAAUCGGCACGGAGGGGGAGUACAGUGGUUCGACGAUACAGCGAUUUUGUAUGGCUUCUUGAUUGUCUUCACAAACGAUACCCAUUCCGUCAGCUACCUUUACUUCCGCCAAAACGCAUUUCAGCGGAUUCAACUUCAUUUCUCGAAAAGCGCCGGCGCGGCCUCGUACGAUUUACCAAUUCCCUUGUCCAACAUCCUGUUCUCAGCCAAGAACAGCUUGUUAUUAUGUUUUUGACAGUUCCGACGGAACUCUCGGUCUGGCGUAAACAAGCAACGAUAUCUGUACAAGACGAGUUUGCUGGUCGCGUUCUGCCACCAGACUUAGAGGACUCCCUACCGUCUACUCUCAUAGACACAUUUGAUACGGUUAGGAGCGGCGUUAAACGAUCGGCGGAAGUCUACAUCAACCUCUGCACACUUCUUGAACGGCUGGCCAAACGCAAUGAGGGACUCGCCGCGGAUCACCUGCGCUUCUCACUCGCAUUACAGUCUCUCACUGAGAUGACGCGUGACACAUACGCGGUAGAUACCAAUGACGUGCCUCUGCUAAACGAAGGUAUCAAAGCAACGGCGAGACACUUGUCUGCCAGCCAAAGUUUGCUAGAGGAUGAGGCACGGGCAUGGGAAGAUGGGAUGCUGGAAGACCUGAAACGCCAACGGGACAACCUUGUGAGCAUGCGAGAGAUGUUUGACCGGCGGGAUCGGUAUGCACGCAACAACAUCCCGCAGUUGGAGCGACGAAUCGAAACCAAUGAGCGAAGGCUCCAGGAUUUACGAGCAAAGCCUCAGGGAACGGUCAAGCCGGGAGAUAUAGAGAAGGUUGAAGAGUCAAUCUUCAAGGACAAAGAGUCGAUUGUGCAACAACACGCGCGCGGGGUAUUCAUCAAAGAGUGCAUCCGCGACGAGCUGGUCUAUUUCCAACAGACCCAAUAUCACAUCAGCCGGCUGCAUCAGGACUGGAGUCAAGAGCGAGUCAAGUAUUCCGAGCUGCAGGCUGACAAUUGGCGGUCACUGGGUGACCAGGUCGAAGGGAUGCCGCUGGGAGACUGA